AUUAUUUCAAUGGCCGCGAGGCAAGUGAAUAUAGUCAUAGAGAAGCGAUUACAAAAACCCUGUUUUUCACAAGCGGAGAUAGAUGGAGAGUUAUCAGACAGAAUCUGACACCGCUCUUCUCUUCGGCGAAAAUGAAGAAGAUGUUCUACCUAAUAGAAGAAUGCUCCAAUAUAUUUUCGAAAAUACUGGACGAAGUAUCAGAAACAUCAAGUGUUGAGGUCAAAGCUUUGGUAGCACGGUACACAAUUGACUGCAUCGGAUCUUGUGGCUUUGGGAUCCAGACAAAAGCUAUGUUAGUUGAAAAGAAUAAUCCUUUCUUUGUGAUUGGGCAGAAGAUUUUCGAGGCGUCCAAUGCAAGAGGUUUUAAAAAUAUGGCACGCGCUGUAUGGCCAGAUUUAUUCUACAAACUAGGAUUUGAAUCAUUCCCUUCAGAACUUACGGAGUUCUUCGAUAAAUUGCUUAAAGACGUAUUUGAAGAGAGAAAUUACAAGGAAUCUGGGAGACAUGAUUUUGUCGAUUUGGUUCUGAGUUUGAAACAAAAUAAACAUUUAAAUGGUGAUAGUAUUAAGAACAUGAAGGGAGGGACUGAGAAGUGCCUUAUAGAAGCAGACAAUGACUUCUUAAGUGCACAAUGUAUGAUAUUUUUCGCAGCGGGAUAUGAAACAUCCGCUACUACACUAAGCUUUUUGUUGUAUGAGCUGGCCAAAAAUUCAGAUAAACAAAGACUGGCGAUUGCAGAAGUUGACGAAUAUUUUAAGCGGCGAAAUAAACUGGAAUACGAAUGUUUGUUUGAGACACCGUAUUUAGAAGCCUGCAUCAAUGAGACUUUGAGGCUUUAUCCAGUUCUUGGUGUUCUUACAAGAGAAGUAGUGGAAGAUUUUAAACUACCUUCAGGUGUUUUACUAAAUAAAGGAGUUCGUAUUCAUAUACCAGUGUAUUCCAUACACAGGGAUCAUAAGUAUUUCCCAAACCCAGAUGACUUCAUACCGGAAAGGUUUUUAGGCAAUGAAAAGGACAAUAUAACACCGUUUACUUUUCUGCCAUUUGGAGAAGGGCCGAGAAUUUGUAUUGGAAUGAGAUUUGAAAAAAUGCAGGUGACAGCUGGGUUAUUAACGAUCCUAAGGAAGUGUCAUAUCGGACUGACUAAAGAUACAAUUACUAAAGUCGAUUUUGAACCUAUCACUCAGGUCAUGUUCAACUCUGAUUCACAUGAAUUGAUACCUAACAACUUUUGUUGA